UUAUCAGCCAUGGUGGCACUUGUCGUGUUAGAGAUCACCAAAUAAUUGGAAAAUUAACUUUAAUAAUUACGUUUUUGCCAGCAAAAUGUAGCCGCUUUCCUCCGUGCUAAUCAAUGGCGAAUAGCUCUAGUUUGAGUGACGUGAGUGGGCUUAACAAAUAAUUGUAGGAAGUGACGUAAAUGCAGGCGUACUACCAUUUCCGUUCGAUUUAGCGCGUCUUUCACGACCAACGUCCUCUCUGCUGUUGUAUUGUGCCUCUAGCCAGCAUUGCAAUCAUAAAGGUUCACGGGAGAUGAAGGUUAAAAUCAAGCAGUGGAACGGCGUGGCAUCCUGGCUGUGGAUGGCCAAUGAUGAGAACUGUGGGAUCUGCAGAAUGUCUUUUAAUGGCUGCUGCCCAGACUGUAAGGUUCCUGGAGAUGACUGCCCAUUGGUCUGGGGCCAGUGCUCCCACUGCUUCCACAUGCACUGCAUCCUCAAAUGGCUCAACUCCCAGCAGGUCCAGCAGCAGUGCCCCAUGUGUCGGCAGGAGUGGAAGUUCAAAGAAUGAGCUCAUCCGGAGAACAUCACUUGAAUGCCUUUCAAAGACUGAGACGUCACAAUCAGAGGAUUCUAGUGUUUUGGAAUAAAUAUGCUUCUGUUUUUUGUUGUACAUUUCCAGCUACUUUGUUUUUCUCUGAGGCUGUCAUUGUUUGUAUUAUGUGGAGGGGUGUGUGAAUAACAAAUGUGAAUAAAUAUGUGAUUAGGAUUUAAUCUUGA